AUGACAGGCAUUCCCGCGGAGAUUGUCCGGCUGGAAGCAAAAGUUGAAACACUUUAUCAGCAAUCAGUUCGCAAAGGAAGAGCAUCUGUAGCCACACUGCGUGUAGCCAAAUUUCGACCAACGCUCCAUGAAGCUGUAGCGAAGGGGGAUGAGGAAGAGGUCUCCAGAAUGGUUGCAAACGGUGCGGAUGUUAACGCCCAAAUUCCGAGUUUGGACGUCUCAGAGGACUAUUCGAUUCGCAUGGCGACCGGGAAAAAUUGGCAAGAAAUCCCACUGUCUCUGAGCGUACUUAAUCGGCACGAAAAUAUCUUCCGGAUACUCUUGGAUAUAAAUCCAAGUAGGAAGAGUCUUCUAUGGGCAUUUCAUGCUUGUAUCAGAACCGAGAACUGUGUCUUGGCCGAUGAAUUGAUCAAAAGAGGCGUGGAUGUUAACGAAAUCGAUACUGAAAGAGGCAACUGCUAUCCAUUGGAAAUAGCAGCUGCUGGAAAUCACAAGGAAAUUCUCGAAUUGCUACUACGUAGAGGCGCCAUCACCGAACCAUCCUCCAAUCCAAUGGAGGGAAGCCCUCUCAUGAUUGCAGCAGGUCAAGGGCACGCAAAUAGUGUUAGAUUGUUACUUGAGAAUGGAGCCGCUAUCAACCAUGAAGGGGGAAUAUAUGGUACUGCUCUUGGAGCAGCGUCAUUUCAUGGCAAGGAAGGGGUUGCCAAGUCGUUACUCGAGAAGGGAGCAAACCCUAACAUACGAUCGAAAUACUACGGCACAUCACUGGCAAGGGCCAGGUUUUGGAACAGACCAGGAAUCGAGGCGGUCCUCAUGCAGUACGGGGCGACGGAAUAG